AGUUGAUUAUAUUACUAAUCAGUUAUACAAACAGAAGUUUGUCAACUGCAUUUAACUUGGUAACCAUGUCGAGAUCUUCUAGUGAUUCAGAUCAUCACGACACCAUCACAUAUCAGAAUACGCCGAAGUUCAAAAGUGUUUUUCAUUCUGUGAUUGGAAAUGGACUGGUAUCAGACGUGCUUCUAUGGAGGAACACACGAUUAUCGGCAUCAAUUCUAUUGGGGGUUACUGCAAUAUGGUCUCUUUUUGAGGUUUAUGAGUAUAACUUUGUUUCUCUUCUUUGUCACAUCUUCAUCCUUGGCAUGUUGAUCAUCUACAUCACCUACACCAUGGCCAAAUAUACGCAAUGGGAUCUUCCUGAUUUUGAAGAGAUCACCAUACCAGAAUCCACAUUUAAAUGGUUGUAUAGGAAAACUAACCAAUUGUUACUUAAAUUCUAUUAUACUGCAAGCGGAGAAGAUCUCACUCGUUUUUUCUUGACAAUGACAUCCUUUUGGAUAAUAUCUGUUAUUGGAAGUCAUUUCAGUUCUUUGAAUCUUCUAUACCUUUGUUUUCUUUGCAUUGAAAUCCUGCCGGCUCUUUAUGAACGAUAUGAGAAUGAUGUGAAUCAUCUUGUAAGUAAAGGAAUCAGAGACAUGAAAUUACUAGUGGAGCAAUUUGGUACUAAAUUCCUUGACAAGAUCCCAAAAGGACAAAUUAAAGAAAGGAAACGCAAUUAAAUAGCAUAAGCAAGUCACAUUACUCAUCAUAUGAGACAUCUAUAUGUAACAAUUUAUGUACAUAAUUAUGUCAAAAAAAUCUGGACUUAAAGGUAACACUUGAUGUUCAUGCUAACAUAUAUAAAUUAAACACAU